CCUCACCUUUCCUCCCGCGCCAACCCUCGCAAUGCCAGUUGCUCCCUUACACCACUGAGAAUGCCUGCUCGAUCGCCCAGGCGCAACACCAAUGACCUGCUUAACCAGCCCGGCUUCAUAGGGGCAGCUGCCCGCUUUUGGCAGCGCUCCUACGCCUCCGACUAUGUCGGCCUCGCGCUCCUAAUCAGUGGGUACAUCUUCAUCCAAUUCCUCGCCGAGCCCUUCCACCGCAUGUUCUACCUGUCCGACCUACGUAUCGCCUACCCACACGCCCUCUACGAACGCGUAAACGUAACCUGGCUCUUCAUAUACGCCGGCGCCCUCCCCCUCACCACCCUAAUCCUCUGGGCGCUCAUCACACGCCUGGAGACACACAAAGUGCACGUCACGCUGCUGGGCUGGCUGGUCAGCAUGAUCCUCACUUUAUUCCUAACAGACGUGAUCAAGAACGCCGUCGGGCGCCCGCGACCGGAUUUAAUCGCGCGGUGCAAGCCAGAGCCAGGGACGCCGGGGGAUGUGCUGGUUACGUGGGAGGUGUGCACGGAGACGAAUCAUCACGUGCUGCAUGAUGGGUGGCGCAGUUUUCCGUCAGGGCAUAGCAGUUUCUCGUUCAGCGGGCUGGGCUAUUUGAGUUUGUUCAUUGCGGGACAGUGUCACGUUUACAGGCCACGGGCGGAUCUGGCGAGGGUGUUGCUUGCGCUUGCGCCGCUGUUGGGGGCGGCGCUGAUUGCGAUAAGCAGGUGUGAGGAUUACAGACACGAUGUUUAUGAUGUGAGCGUGGGCUCGUUGCUGGGCAUGUCGGUGGCACACUACACCUAUAGGAGGUAUUAUCCAGCGUUGAGAAGCAGGGACUGUGCUACGCCGUACCCGAACCCGGCAGAUGAGAAGGGUUUUGGCAAGAUCAAGGACGAGGAGAGCAUCAGGGGUGCGCAGGAAUUCGAGCUGGAUGACUUCGAUGAGGAGGAUGAGGAAAGGGGGAGUAGGCCUUUGAACGGGCGGAGAUGAAGAAUGACACCAGUUCGAUACUGUUCAACCCAAUGGCUCGGAACUAAUCAC